AUGUCUGGCGUGUGGGUGUUCCGCAACGGGGUGGUGAAGCUGGUGGAGAACCACCCGGCGUCGGCGGCGGGACCUCCCGACGGCAGGGCGGUCCGGCGCAAGGCGCUGCUGCACACGCCCACGGGGGAGGUGGUCGCCUCCUACGCCUCGCUGGAGCGCAAGCUCGUCACGCUCGGCUGGGAACGCUACUAUGCCGGUGGGGGCGGCACCGCCGGUGACUGCAUGCUCAGGUUCCACAAGCGCUCCUCCGUCGACCUCAUCUCCCUCCCCAAGGACUUCGGCCAGUUCAGCUCCGUCCACAUGUACGACAUCGUCAUCAAGAGCCGCGACGCCUUCCGCGUCAUCGAUGUCUAG